AUGUCCUCCCUCAUUAGGACGAUCGAAAUUGACAGCGAGUAUUACGAUGAUGAUUCCAACGAUGUCCCCGAUUCGGAGGAGUUGCUCGCCAGGAGCACGGCCAGCAGGGUGGAUAACUCGCACAAUUCCCUCACUGAUGAAAUCACGGCGUUGGAUGAUAAAAUGGAGGAAAUGUUUCGGACUUGCACCAGCAACAAGGCGGAGCUCAAGGCAUUGAACAUGCUUCAAAAGGCCGCUGAGAAACGACAUGCAACUUCCUUAACGGACUACGGAAAGAUGGUAAAGCAGAAGCAAAGGUUAGAGGCGCAGCUUCUCAAGCAGAAACAUGAAGCCGCAGUCAUCAAAAAGGAGAACAGUGUCCGGAAGACUUUAAAAAGAACUAGGAACAGAUCUUUAAAGUCCGAAACCUCCGGUUACUCUGGCUCAGAUUCCGGGGUUUUUCUUCCUCAGAAUGCGGUCAAGGCCAUAAGGUCUAUGCCUCCCCCGAGCCCGCUCAAGCCUUAUAAAUCUAUGCCUCCUCCAAGCUCGGUCAAGACUAAUAAGUCCAUGCCUCCUCCGAGCUCGGUCAAGACCAUUAAGUCCAUUCCUUCUUCGACCCCGGCCAAGACCAUUAAACCUAUGCUUCUUGAGAGCGCAGUCAAAGCCAGUAGACCGAUACCUACUCCAAGCCCGGCCACGGUCAAGGCCACCAAGUCUAUACCUCCUUCCACCCCGAGCAAGGCUAUUAAAUCCAUACCUACUCGGAGCGUAGCUAAGGCCGCCAGGUCUACGCCGUCUCUAGCUCAGGCUAAAACCAAUAGAUCUACGCCAUUUCCGAUUGAGGUCCAGAUUAAACCUAUGAUUCGACCCUUCCGUCGCGAAGAGUAUACCCGCCUCUCUGAAAGUAGCGCAACCCCUGGACCCCUCAAAUCUGCAUAA